AUGCGUCUUGCAGCCGUGGGAGCCCUUCGGACGACUUGUCAUAGCACUGUCCGGGGCUUUUCUCGUGCCAGCCGCCCGAGACGCGCCGGUGUCCUCCUGCAUCUGCACAACAGGACCACCAGUGUUAGCACCCGAUUGGGUGGUGGUGUGCGAUCUCUUACCACGUCCUCUUCCCUGGCCUCAAGGCAGUCCGUUUCCUCCAAUACUCGAAAGCAGCAGCAGCAGCAGCAACAUCAGCAUGUGUUAGGCGAACCGCUUCGAUCAUCCAUGUACUUCCGUAGGGUCUCUGUCGCUUUGGUUUCUGGCCUCGUUGGCUACGGCGCAUGGUAUGGCUACAAGGGGGACGUGACCGACCAAUCCUUCUUGCAGCCCUACUCGACCGGUGCCAACCUCCCCAGCAGUAAUGCCGCGCCGACCCGCAACGUCCUCAUCGUUUCGGCCGACGAAUUACACACUGGGACCUUCGUAGGCGAGGGCCCGAUCGCCAAGACUGCAGAUGGUAGCGGAGGCAACGUGCUGGAGAUGUUGACACCGGAUCAGGCAACCGAGGCGUUGCGCGAAAAUGAGGCGUCUUUCAUGAUCAACAGAGGGCAUGGGGUUCUACGUUACGAUGUGGUGCAGCUCGCGAGUAAUAACCCGAUCGAAGAUGACCAUGCCGAGAAGAUCGUGGAGGUUACUAUGCCCUCGGCUGACAAGGCCGAGCCAGGAAGCAAUGAUUGGAUGUUUUGGGGUGUGUUCGAUGGGCAUGCCGGAUGGACCACCUCUGCCAAACUGCGGCAAACACUAAUUAGCUUUGUUGCCCGAGAACUUAACACGACGUAUAAGGCUGCCAGUAGCCUCGGUGCUUCCCCGUCAUCAGAGGCCAUCGAUGCCGCGAUCAAGGCUGGCUUCACCCGGCUGGACCAUGAGAUUGUCCACGAGAGCGUGGAGAAGGUUUUGAAGUCCAACUCCAAGCGAGUCGCCGCUGAACUCCUAGGUCCUGCACUCUCGGGAUCCUGCGCCCUCCUUUCAUUCUACGAUAGCAACUCCAAGACAUUGCGCGUGGCAUGCACUGGUGACUCGCGAGCUGUUCUUGGCAGACGCUCGGACUCGGGAAAGUGGACAGCCACGGCCUUGUCUGAGGACCAGACAGGCAGCAAUCCCAACGAAGAGGCUCGGAUGCGAAAGGCCCAUCCCGGAGAGGCUCGAGUUGUGCACAACGGCAGAGUCCUCGGUGGAUUGGAGCCCACGCGCGCCUUCGGAGACGCGAGUUAUAAGUGGUCCAGAGAAGUGUCGGAUCGUUUGCGGUCAUCUUUCUUUGGACGGAGCUACUCGCCGUACUUGAAGACUCCUCCUUACGUGACGGCUGAGCCGGUUGUGACGACGACCAAGAUUCAGCCCGAGAAGGGAGAUUUCGUCGUCAUGGCCACCGACGGGCUGUGGGAAAUGUUGACGAAUGACGAAGUGGUUGGUCUCGUCGGCAAGUGGAUCGAGACUCAAGCCAUGGAGCCGUCAAAUUCUCAACUCAGCUCCGUUUGGUCCAAGAUCUUUGGCUCAUCGCCGGACCUCCCAGUUGUGGCCGGGAAAGCUGGCGGCAAUGAUGGCCAGAAGACGCCCAUUCGAUUACGGCAAUGGGGCAUCUCACCGGACGAGAAGGACCGAUUCGUCGUUAAGGACAAGAAUGUUGCGACCCAUCUCAUCCGCAACGCACUGGGUGGCAAGAAUGAGGAGCAAGUUUGCGCAUUGCUCACUCUCGUUUCGCCGUUUUCGAGACGGUAUCGUGAUGAUCUCACAGUCCAGGUUAUCUUCUUUGGCAACGGUCAAAAGACCGACGACAAGGCCGGUGACGUACUCGUCAACCAAGAAGCGACGAGCCCACCCAAGUCCGCUAUCAAGGCCAAACUAUAG